GAAUGUGCUUUUAUCCUCAUUAAAUACAAAACCCCUUUUCCCCCAAUUUGUGAAACCUAAGCCCCUUUGAAAACAAGAACACAACACAGAGAGUUUAUAAUUGCAGAGCUGUAAAUCGUAAUAACGAAAAAAGCUGUCUCUGCUUUUUCACAAUUUAUUUAUUACUAAUACUGCAAAAGCAAUCAAUUAAAAAGGAACAAUAAUUAAUCAACAAAGACAGCAGCAAAGUCAAAAGGGGGCGGCCAAGAACUGUUUCUUUGGCAGCCAUUCUCUCUCUCUCUCUCUCUCUCUCUCUCUCUCUCUCUCUCUAAAGCAUCAAGGAAUGACGUCGUCGCCACCUCUUACCGGAGCAGAGCUCGCUCCUCCUCCGUCCGCCGUCGAGUCUCAGCUAUCUUCUCUCAUUUACGAUCUCACUCAGAACGUGCAAGUAGCGAUGGACAACAUGCUUAAGAUGAUAAAUGAAAUUGACCACAACUCUGCUGGCAUAAUGGAGGAGAUACAGAAGUCGAAAGACUUUGCGCUCGAGAGGAAAAAUCACUUGGAACAAGAGAAGGAUCAUUUCCAGAAAGCUGCAUUCUCGAUUCUUGACAUGCUUAAUAAAUAAUAGUCGUGGUGGUGUCAGCUGAAUCUCUAAGGUAUCCCUUUACUCCACAACUUGACUUGACGGUAUUAUAUAGUCGUGAACUUGUAUAUAUAGUGAUGUCAACUGAAUCUCUAAGGUUUGCUUUUCCGUGUUCACCAAACACAUAAGUUGCUUGUUAGUACGUGAACUGAACGAAAAUGCGAUUCCUUCCAACAGAGGAAAUAGAGAACUUUUCGAGUUUUUUUUCGAUUUUUGGAUGAUGCCUUUUUCGAUUUUUGGAUGAUGCCCAGGCAGUAGUACUCG